AUGUUACUGAAGAAAGCUGCCAUUCUGCUCUUCUCUCUGGCGCAGCUUGCGCUCAGUGCAGAAGACUACUACCAGGUCCUAGGUGUGAGCCGAGACGCCCCCGAAAAGUCCAUCAAGUCCGCCUACCGCAAGCUCAGCAAGAAGUUCCACCCCGACAAGAACCCAGGCGACAGCUCCGCCAAGGACAAGUUUGUCGAGGUCUCCGAAGCCUACGAAGCCCUCAGCGAUCCCGAGCUCCGUCGCAUUUACGACCAGUAUGGCCACGACGGCGGCCCCUCGGUCGAGCUGCGCGUCGCCGUCGGUCUCCGCGAUUUCUACAACGGCGCCGACACCGAGUUCCACUGGGAGAAGCAGCACGUCUGCGAGCAGUGCGACGGCACCGGCGCCGCCGACGGCGUAGUCGAAACCUGCCCCCACUGCCACGGCAACGGCAUGCGCAUCGUCAAGAGGCAGCUCGCGCCCGGCAUGUUCCAGCAGUUCCAGUCCCCCUGCGACGCCUGCGGCCAGCGCGGCAAGAUCGUCAAGCACAAGUGCCCCACGUGCCAGGGCCAGCGCGUCAUCCGCAAGGCCACGCCCGUCGACCUCAAGAUCCCCGCGGCGCCCCUAAGGAGUGGACGGGGCCUUUUUCGCCGCCGCGGCGACGACCUUGUAUGGAGCGAGGUCCUCUCCCUGAGGGAAGCCUGGAUGGGCGAUUGGACCCGCAACCUCACCCACCUCGACGGCCACGUCGUGUACCUCGGUCGUAAGCGUGGCGAGGUCGUCCAACCUGGCCAAGUGGAGACCGUCGUCGGCGAGGGCAUGCCUAAAUACCACGAGGAUGGCGAUAGCGUUUACCACAAGACCGAGUUCGGAAACCUCCUCGUCGAGUAUACCGUAAUCCUGCCCGACCAGAUGAUCAGCGGCAUGGAGAAGGACUUUUGGUCCAUUUGGGAAAAGUGGAGGGCCAGCAACGGCAUCGACCUGCAAAAGGAUGGCGGGCGCCCCAUCCCCGAGAGCAAGCCAUCCCAUGACGAAUUAUAA